ACACCCCCGUGUUUAUGUCGGCCCACGGGGGGUUGCCUGUCCCUUUAAUUGGCAUGUACCAAGUCUUUCUAGGUCACAUUUCCUCCGUACGUUCCAGCCGUUUGGAAUCACUAGCCAAAAGUCCAAGAGGAGGGAAUGUGGAGACAGUGUUGUAUUUCUGCGGGGAGUUCUGGGCCGACCGGGAGCGAGAGAACGCUCGGGGACGAAGCGCGCCAUUGCGGCCCUCCCCGCCGCGUGCCGUAGUCCAGUCCCAAGAUGGCGGCCACCAUGAAGAAGGCGGCUGCAGAAGAUGUGAAUGUUACUUUUGAAGAUCAACAAAAGAUAAACAAAUUUGCACGGAAUACAAGUAGAAUCACAGAGCUAAAGGAAGAAAUAGAAGUAAAAAAGAAACAACUCCAAAACCUAGAAGACGCUUGUGAUGACAUCAUGCUUGCAGAUGAUGACUGCUUAAUGAUACCUUAUCAAAUUGGUGAUGUCUUCAUUAGCCAUUCUCAAGAAGAAACACAAGAAAUGUUAGAAGAAGCAAAGAAAAAUUUGCAAGAAGAAAUUGAUGCCUUAGAAUCCAGAGUGGAAUCAAUUCAGCGGGUGUUAGCAGAUUUGAAAGUUCAGUUGUAUGCAAAAUUUGGGAGCAACAUAAACCUUGAAGCUGAUGAAAGUUAAACAUUUUAUAAUAUUUUUUUAUUUGUUUAAUAAACUUGAAUAUUGUUUAAAAUGAUAAUUUUCCUUCUUCAAAUGACAUGGAACGCAAAACUUUUUGUUUUUUUAAUUUUCAUUUAUUUAAUGGAAACUUGCCUAUUUUCACAUGUCUGCUUAUUUAUUUUAUAUUUUUAAAAGAAGACAGUAUUCACCUAUGUAUUUUGCAUAACGAUUAUAUCAAGUCUAGGAGCUUCGUGUCAUUAAAAUCAGUUAAGCAAUCUU